AUGGCGGCGACAAAGCCGUGCCCUCCACUUCCAUUUGAGCUUUGGGGCAAAGUCCUUAGCAACAUCGACGACCCCUUCGACUUGUGGACGACCUGUCGCCAGAUCUCUAACGGUAUCAAGAUCGAAGCAGAGUACACCUUCCGCCUCAGAUUCCUCCCGGAUUUGCGCAUCAAGUGGAGCAUAACACGGGAUAAUCGGUACUGUGAGACCAUUUAUCUCGAUAUCCGUGCCAAGCCAAGCCACGCUCUUGUAGAUGCCACAUCGUCCUCGGCGACUUUUACUAUCCAAGUGAACGGGCCCGUAAGCUCUACAUCUAGCGGGUAUGUAGGCUGGUCGAACAAAGAGCGUAACGAAUGCGUGCGGCAAGCAUUCCACUACAAGGACCACAACGCGACUACUCGCACAAGUGGGCAACCAUUCGCUAUCAUCAGGCACAAGAUGAGAUUAUUCUUCGAGACCACGAAUGUCCUCGCGACCUACCAAAAUGACCCUGAGAUUUCUGGACUGAGGAUUCAUCUUACGCCGUUCCGAGACCAAGUCUCUAUCAAAGCAUGGGAAGACCAGGGUCACAUAUCAUUCGACUGGAAGAAGCUCAUGACGUCCUUCUUUUCUGAAGAGGCAGCAUUCCGCAACAUCGAAAGGUAUUACAUUGCCGCACACACAGGGAAACGCCUCAUGAAGGCGAACCCAAAGCAGGGUCUUCAGAGAGGGCUAGAAAACGAAAGCCUACCAAAGCUAGCCUUCCACGCCUACGUACAUGUAAAACACCUGCACGACAUCCGAGUGUGGAGCGUGGAGGACUUCGCCGAAAAGUACUGGCGCAAAGAAGUCGGAGCAGUGUGGCAUACCAUAACAGAAGAUGGCAGCGGCCUCAUCCCCGAUUCGGACUCGGAAGAUGAUCGUUGA